UACAUACACACAUAUACACAUGCAUCCGCACAUAUGUUUCUUAUUAGUAAUGAUGAUAAUGAUGCAUACAUACAGUGUAUUUGUUUUUUGAUUCUCCGGAAUGAUGUUGUUUUCCAUUUUCUUGAUGUGGGGUUGCUUCUUUUGCUUGUAUCUUGGGAACCCAUUUCUGGUUUUUUUUUCCCCUGGGUUUUGAAUGGAUUAGCUAUCUAAAACUAGUUCUUAGGGAGUAUUUGAAAUCAAAAGGCUUCUCUUCAAAGCUGCUGGAUUCUUAAUGGAUAAAUCACAAUUUGGUAUUGGAAGUUGCUGAAUGCACAAUUUGGUGGUUUAUGAUGGGUUUUUCACAGGUUAGAUCAUAUGCUUAAAAUUGUUGGAAGAAAUAUAUUAUGAGAGUAGUAUAUGUUAUUCAGACUAGGGUAUGAUAUUGGAUACAGUUAUGUAAGGGUAUGUUCAAUUUUUUAACGUUUCUUCGUAUAAUCGGAGGAUCAUUCAUGUUUAGAUUGCUAUUCUGGUUGAAGUUUCAGGUGCUGCUUAAUUAACUGCAUAGAUUGACAUCGUUCACUAAAUGUUUGCGUUUAUUUCCCAAUGAAAGCCAUACAAUGAAUAGGUUCUUUAUAACUGAUCUUCUUUUGGCGUUCAAAAAACUAAUAUCUAUCAAACUAUACCUCCCAUUAAUUCAUAGGACAAUUUUAAUUCUUCAAAUUGGUGUUAUUAGAAGCCUUAUUAUAUGCUUAACUUGUUGAACAUGAAUUCGAUAUAUAUCUAUGUUACUCGGACUUGUUGUGAGUGUCUUAUCCGAUAAGCUUUAAUUUUUUUUUCUAAUUUUUCCAUUAUUUGGAGGGUACUAUCCCUAUACGCAUACCCAAAUAAGCGUAAGAGUAUCAGACAUAAGUACUUACAGAAAAAUGAAGAGUGUCAUAUAUUAGCACUUGAUCCCAACAUUGCUUCUUUGUACACAGGUUAGCACAAAAAUUGCACCUUACGCUCUUCUUCCAACCAUUGCCAGCAAGUUUUUGCUGGCAGCUAAAAAUUUUUUCGCUUUCUUUCGAGGAUCAUGAGUCCCAAUGCACUAAGACAUAGUAAAGCCUUAGAGGGUUUGCAUGGGGUGCAAGUGUUUCCUCAUUCACAAUCUGCAUUAGAGGAGAUUAACCAACAAGGGGAUUUCCAAUCCAGUCAUGAUAAAUCAUUCAUUACAGCAAAUCAACCACUAUUGAUGCAGGUAUGGCAACAGAGACCAGCUUGUUUAAGGCCUGUAAGAUGUUGUAUGCAAGGGGACCAGAAUCUUGUGGAGACAGUUGCCAAUGUGUUGACAUCACUCCCCUUUAUUGCUCUUGGGAUCCAGGCCCCUAGGAGAAAUUUUAAUACUAAGCUGUAUGCUAAUUCACUUAUUGGAGUUGGAGUUGCCUCUACUUUGUAUCAUUCUUCUAGAGGAAAGCUGAGGAAAUACUUAAGGUGGGCCGACUAUACAAUGAUAGCCACUGCCACUGUGUGUUUAUCAAGAGCUAUUCGGAAUGAGAACCCAAAGUUACUAACGGCAGCUACGGCUUUACUUCUACCAGUUCAGCCUUUAAUGGUUUCGGCUAUUCACACUGGAAUGAUGGAGGUAGCAUUUGCGAAAAGAGCAAUAAAAGAUCCAGAAUUAAGGAAAGCACACAACGUGCAUAAGAUGUCAUCACUGUUGGGAGGUGCUCUUUUCAUUGCAGAUGAUAUGUUUCCCGGGACACCUUUCCUUCAUUCCGCAUGGCAUCUCGCAGCCGCUGUCGGUGCUGGCACCUGUAACAAGCUCCUUGAGUAGCGUGUAUAUACAUCCCAGUUCAAUUCCUAUAUCUUCCAUUAAUCCCUUGCUAUUCAAUUAUCCUGAGAGCUGGGAGAACGAAAUUGCUUUGUUUUCCAAGCACCAGGAUCAGGUCGGAACUGUGAUGGGAUUUUUAAGAUUCAAGUCUAUAUUCAACAUGGAUAUAUUCAGAUUUUUUUCAUGUAUUUGAAAGGUUAUAUACCUUCAUGUCCAUGUUUGAAAUGGGUGGUUUAGGAAGAGUCAGAGUGGCAUAGAGGCACAGGCAGGAUGUGCUGCAUUUGAUUGCACUUUGAACCCAAACUGGAUGAUUUUUUUUUUCUUUUUACCCUAUUAUUUGUAAUUGUUUUCCCAAAUCAGAUGUAUUGUGAAUACUCAUUAUGUUAAAGAGAAGUAGAUAUGUAAAGCCAGCGAUUGUAAUUGAAUUGCCAAAAAUCUUUUUCUUAACAA